AUCAUUUAUCAUUUAUUCAUUUAUAUAUGAUAUAUACGCGACGCGUCUAUUGGAUUGGAAGAAAGUAUCGCCGAUUAUUGGUCCACUCCCAGGAGCGUGGGGAUAACAUGUCCCCCAAAGACACGGGCGCAGCAAUACACAUAUAUUUGUGGGUUCUAAGGCAUCACGUGAAAAGGAGGGCACAUAUGAAAUAGAUCGUGAGAGAUAAGAUUGUCGCUGGCUUGUAUCAGCCGCAUCGAUUGUCAGCUAUCCGGCGUAUGAAGCACGAUACGGAACGAAUGCAGAUUGUGCUAAUUUAUCUGAAACAUUUCAAGCUUUUGGGUUCAAAGUUUAUCUAUUUGAAAAUUUGAAAAAAAAGGACAUGCUUGAAAAAAUAAAAAAUAUUCCGAAUGAAUAUGGCAUCAACUAUGAUUGUCUGUUUUUCUGCAUUUUAAGUCAUGGAUAUAAAGGAGGUGUAAUAACAUCAGACGAGAAGGAAAUUUCUCUAGAAAUGAUUGAAAGAAAUCUUUGCUCCAUGGAAUUGAAAGAUAUUAUAAAAAUUGUUAUUAUACAAGCUUGCCAAGGAAAGACAUGUGGAAGCAUAUAUGUGCAAAAGAUGGAGAAUAAAUACCUAACAACAGAUGGCAUGUAUGAUGCUUCUACAUCAGAAGAUAUACGUCAAUUUGAAAAUUUUUUUAUGUUUAUGUCUACGAUGCAAGGCUUUGUAUCAAUACGUCACAAAGAAGAAGGUUCAUGGUUUAUACAAGAAGUUUGUAAAAUCUUCAGAACUUAUGGAAGCCAGCUAACUUUUCUGGAAUGUGUGAGAGAAAUAAUGGCAUCUGUACGAAAAAAACAAGGGACAAUAGGAGAAAGUCAAGUUGCUCAACUACCAGAAAUACGACAAGACCGUUUAGAUUCUGAUUUUCAAUUAAAGAAUAUAAUUAAAAGAAUAUAACUAAAAUUAUGUAUUGCACUACUAAUGUUUAUAAUUUAUACUGUUGCAUUAUAUAUAUUUUACUAACAAAAUAUUAUGUUAUAUUGCAAAGACAUUUUUAUGAACAAUUGUAACGGCCCAAGUCCGCUGAGUUAAUUUUAGAGAAGAAAUAACGCGAAUAUGCUCGCUAGACCGCUCCGGGUUCGGUGAGAUGCAGCGAAACGAUAGAUUGCAAUAGAAAAUAAUGAAAAUCUUUGUAGAUCUCAUCGCUCUCUAUUGCUUUGUCUUUUUCGAUGUUUUGCUUGAUUAAAGAACUCUUGAACCUUGAA